AUGGAUAGGAAGAAGAUCGAUUUGGCUCCGCUAAAGAAGGCUAACGUGCCAAUAUUCUUCAUUGUUGGUGGGCCAGGCUCUGGAAAGGGCACGCAAUGUGAAAAAAUCGUUGCAAAAUAUGGCCUCUCCCAUCUGUCAUCGGGAGACCUCCUGAGAGAUGAGGUCAAAUCUGGCUCUCCUAGAGGCGCUAAGCUUGACAAGAUUAUGAAGGCUGGCGAGCUGGUUCCCCUGGAAGUGGUUUUGGACUUGGUCAAAGAAGCGAUGCUCAAAGAAGUCGCCAAAGGUUCAAAAGGAUUUUUGAUUGAUGGAUAUCCUCGUGACGUGAAGCAGGGAGAGCAGUUCGAGCGCGAGAUCCAAGACGCAAAAUCUGUUAUUUAUUUCGAUGUGGCAGAGGAUAUUCUCAGCUAUAUUAUAAGUUACAGUGGGCGUGCCGAUGAUAACAUGGAAACUAUCAAAAAGCGUCUAAAAACCUUUACAACUGCUACUGCACCAGUGGUUAGCUACUACGAAAAGAAGAAGAAGCUCAUAAGGAUCAAAGCAGAUGGCACCGUCGACGAAAUUUUCACCGUGGUCUGUCAACAUCUUGACAAGCACGUCGCAACUAAAAAAUCAGAGACGUUGAGCAUCCAGAGGAAAUCGAUUGAUCUAGCACCGCUAAAGAAGGCCAAUGUACCGAUAUUCUUCAUCGUCAAAUCAGGCUCACCAAGAGGAGCUCAGCUCAAUAAAAUAAUGGAAGCGGGCGAGAAAUUGUCUUUGGAUCUGAUCAAAGAGGCAAUGCUAAAAGAAGUUGCCAAGGGUUCCAAAGGGUUCCUUAUAGAUGGCUAUCCUCGGGAGGUGAAGCAAGGAGAGCAGUUUGAGAACGAGAUCCAAGAGGCAAAAUCUGUUAUCUUUUUCGAUGUCCCAGAGGAUGUUCUGGUUAAACGCCUUCUACAUCGAGCCAAGACAAGUGGACGUGCUGAUGACAACAUGGAUACGAUCAAGAAGCGUCUGAAGACCUUCACAACUGCCACGGCUCCAGUUGUCGAUUACUACGAGAAGAAGAAGAAGCUCAUUAGGAUCGAUGCUCAAGGCACCAUCGACGAAAUAUUUGCAGUGGUUCAGCAACAUCUGGACAAAUUAAUACCUUCGGAAAAAUCAACCGUGGAAAGGAAGCAAAUCGACUUGACUCCACUGAAGAAGGCCAAGGUCCCCAUUUUCUUCAUCGUCGGUGGUCCUGGUUCUGGGAAAGGAACACAGUGUGAAAAGAUCGUGGCCAAGUACAAAUUAUCUCAUCUAUCGUCGGGAGAUCUUCUAAGGGAUGAGGUAAUCUCA